AUGGACCCAGUGAGGAGAGUGGACGAGGCGACUCCAAGUUGUCACCACAGUGGGGAGGAUGAAGAGGAGGAGGAUGUGACAGCAGUGGCAGCCAUGACAUCAUCUCUGUGUCACCCUGCUGGGAAUGAGGGGGAGGACAAGGAGGUGGCAGAAGUAGUGACAGCCACAAUGUCCCUGGGGUGCCACCCCACCGAGGAGGAGGAGAAGGUGGCAGUGGCCAUGACACCUCAAGGUGGGCCGUGUGGCAGGGAUGAGGAUGUGGUGGCACCAGUGACAGCAGAAGCAGCUACAGCAUCCCAGGGCUGUCAUGCCGGUGGGGAGGAGGAGGUGACCACAGCGGUGACAAGAGCAGUGACGUCCCCAGGCGUUCAACCCAGCGAGGAGGAGAUGACCAUGGCAGCAACGCCCCCAGCACAUCCUCCUGCAGGGGAUAAAGAGGAGGUGACAGCAGCAGUGACGUCCCCAGCGUGUCACCCCGAGGAGGAAGAGGAAGAGGUGACAGCAACCGUGACAUCCCCAGUGUGUCACCCGAGUGAGGAAGAGGAGGAGGUGACAGCAGCUGUGACGGCAGCGGCGGCCACGUCAGCCCCGGGCGGGCGGCGCGGCGCGGACGAGGACGUGGCGGCCGCGGGCUGGCGAGCGCGGCGCAAACACGUGUUCGUGCUCAGCGAGGCCGGGAAGCCGAUCUACUCCCGCCAUGGCAAUGAGGAGGCGCUGGCGGCCACCAUGGGUGUCAUGAUGGCCCUCGUGUCCUUCAUCCAGAGCGGCGGCAAUGCCAUCCGUGCCAUCUGCUCCGAGGACCGCACGCUGGUGUUCGAGCAGCGGGGCCCGCUGCUGCUGGUGUCGGUGUCCCGCACACGGCAGUCAGCGGCGCAGCUGCGGCGGGAGCUGGCCUUCGUGCACGAGCAGAUCCUGUCGCUGCUGACCCGCGGUGGCAUCGCCCGCGUCUUCGCUCGCCGCCGCGGCUUCGACCUUCGCCGGCUGCUGGCGGGUGCCGAGGCCGUGCUGGACCGGCUGCUCUGCGGGGCCGCUGCCGAUGGGCGGCUGAUGCUGGGAGCCGCUCGCUGCCUGCCCCUGCCCGGAGGGCUCCGCCGAGCCGUGUCCGGGGCUCUACGCCGAGCCGCCGCCGCCGCUCGCCCGGCGCCAGCCCUGGCCGUGCUGGCAGCCCGGGGACGCCUGGUGACAGCGGCGAGGCAGCGAGCGCUGGCCGAGGGCGGACGGCUCUGUGCCAGCGACCUGCACCUGCUGCUCAACCUGCUGGGUGGCGGGGCGGGCGCGGGGGCGGGCGAGGUGUGGACCCCCGUGUGUUUGCCCCGUUUCAACCCCGAUGGGUAUUUCUAUGCGUACGCGGCGAGGCUGGGCGAGGAGGAGGAGGAGGAGGGCGGCGUGAUGCUGAUUUUGCUGUCCACGGAGCGAGAGGGUUUUUACGCGGCGGCUGCGUGCCGGCGGCAGCUGGAGGAUACGCUGCGGGCUCAGGGCUGGCUGGCCGAGCUGGCCGCGGCCGUGCGAGGGGGAGCGGGGUAUGGCCCGUCCCGCCCCGGAGCCCCCGAGCUCCGGCACUUCCUCUACAAACCCUUGGAGGGACCGGAGGAGAUGCAGCAGCUGCCGCAGUUCACCAGCCCCGAGCUGGAGGAGCCCUACACCAGCGAGGAGGAGCAGCACCGGCUCUUCGACCUGUACCACUACCUGCACAGCCGGGUGCACAGCCCGCACCGGCCCCUGCGCCUGCUCUACCACGUGGCUGAGAAGGAAACGCUCCUGGCCUGGGUGACCAGCAAAUUCGAGCUGUACAGCUGCUUCAGCCCUCUGGUGACGAAGGCAGGCGCCAUCGCCGUGCUCACCAAGCUGCUGCGCUGGCUCAAGAAGGAGGAGGACUGGCUGUUCAUCCGCUACCCGGCACCGUUCUGUGCUGCACCCGCACGCCCCGAGGCGCCCGAGCCCGAGGGCUGACA